CAUUGCCGAAUAUGAAUUGGCCUUUAUAAGCAGCCACUAAAAAAGAAGAAGAAGCAGAAGAAUUUUUCUGUCAUUAGCUGUCAUUUUUUCCAUCUUAUUCCAAUUGUACAGCAACUAAGUCACCAUGACGGAUUCAAAAUAUUUCACUACCACCAAAAAAGGUGAAAUAUUUGAACUCAAAUCUGAACUCAACAAUGAUAAGAAAGAAAAGAAAAAAGAAGCUGUUAAAAAGGUAAUUGCUUCAAUGACUGUUGGAAAGGAUGUCUCAGCCUUGUUUCCUGACGUUGUGAACUGUAUGCAAACUGACAACUUGGAAUUGAAGAAAUUGGUCUACUUAUAUUUGAUGAAUUAUGCCAAAAGUCAGCCAGACAUGGCUAUAUUGGCAGUCAACACAUUUGUAAAGGAGCUAACGACAUCUCCGAUGACAAAGGAUUGCGAGGAUCCAAAUCCAUUAAUUCGAGCGUUAGCCGUUCGCACAAUGGGAUGUAUACGUGUUGAAAAAAUCACCGAAUAUCUUUGUGAACCGCUAAGAAAAUGCCUGAAAGACGAAGAUCCAUAUGUGCGCAAAACAGCUGCCGUUUGUGUCGCUAAACUUUAUGAUAUUAAAGCAUCACUUGUUGAGGAUCAAGGAUUUCUCGAUCAGCUCAAGGAUCUUCUCUCCGAUAGCAAUCCAAUGGUCGUAGCGAAUGCAGUUGCUGCUCUGUCGGAAAUUAAUGAAGCAAGUCCCAGUGGUCAACCACUUGUGGAAAUGAACGCACAAACAAUAAAUAAGCUAUUGACAGCUUUAAAUGAAUGCACAGAAUGGGGUCAGGUCUUUAUACUUGAUUCAUUAGCAAAUUAUUCUCCAAAAGAUGAUCGUGAGGCACAAAGUAUUUGCGAGAGAAUUACACCACGUUUGGCACACGCAAACGCUGCAGUUGUGCUUUCUGCUGUCAAGGUAUUGAUGAAACUGAUGGAAAUGUUACAAUCUGAAUCAGACUUUGUGGGAACACUUACAAAAAAAUUGGCUCCACCACUUGUAACUCUUCUCAGUUCAGAGCCAGAAGUUCAAUAUGUCGCACUGAGGAACAUCAAUCUUAUUGUUCAAAAGAGACCAGAUAUUUUGAAACACGAGAUGAAAGUGUUUUUCGUUAAAUAUAAUGAUCCGAUUUAUGUGAAAUUGGAAAAAUUGGACAUUAUGAUACGAUUGGCAUCGCAAGCAAACAUUGCACAGGUUCUCUCUGAAUUGAAAGAAUAUGCAACUGAGGUUGAUGUUGAUUUUGUGAGAAAAGCUGUCCGAGCAAUUGGACGAUGUGCAAUUAAAGUUGAACCAUCCGCUGAGAGAUGUGUAUCUACUUUAUUAGAUCUGAUCCAAACCAAGGUGAAUUAUGUAGUUCAGGAAGCGAUUGUCGUGAUUAAGGAUAUAUUCAGAAAAUAUCCAAAUAAAUACGAGAGUAUAAUUUCAACACUUUGUGAAAAUCUUGAUACACUUGAUGAGCCAGAGGCGAGGGCUUCGAUGAUUUGGAUUAUCGGUGAAUACGCCGAAAGAAUUGAUAAUGCUGAUGAAUUACUCGAAAGCUUUUUGGAAGGCUUUCAUGAUGAGAAUACUCAAGUUCAAUUACAAUUACUUACGGCGAUUGUUAAAUUAUUUUUGAAACGACCAACAGAUACUCAAGAAUUGGUACAACAAGUAUUGAGUUUGGCGACACAAGAUUCUGAUAAUCCAGAUUUACGUGAUCGUGGUUUUAUUUAUUGGAGAUUAUUGAGUACUGAUCCUGCAGCGGCGAAAGAAGUUGUUCUCGCUGAAAAGCCACUUAUAUCGGAGGAAACAGAUCUUCUUGAACCAACACUUUUGGAUGAAUUAAUUUGUCAUAUAUCGAGUUUGGCAUCGGUUUAUCAUAAACCACCGACUGCUUUUGUUGAGGGACGAACUGCUGGUGCACGAAAAUCACUUCCGGCAAGAAGUAAUUCCAAUGAGGACGCGGUGCAACGAACUUCUCAUAGUCAGGCUCAAGUUAUUCCAUCACAGGAUUCUUUGAUUGGCGAUUUACUCAGUAUGGAUAUUAGUGGACCAACAGUAACAUCAGCUGCACCAUCAUCACAAGGUGGAUUAGGUUUAGAUCUCCUGGGCGGUGGUUUGGAUGUAAUUUUAGGAGGGACGGAAAGUGCCGCGGCUCCUGUUGUUUCCCAAACGACAACCGGACUCUUGGGUGAUAUAUUUGGCUAUACACCGGCACCAACAUCUUACGUGUCACCAAAAGUAAAUUGGCUACCAGCCGAGAAGGGCAAAGGCUUUGAUAUCUGGGGAACAUUUUCAAGAAAGAAUGGACAGAUAAGCAUGGAUAUGACAUUUACAAAUAAAGCAAUGCAGCCUAUGGGAGGUUUUGCUAUACAAUUGAAUAAAAACAGUUUUGGCUUAUCUCCAACAUCGCCUCUUCAAGUUUCAAGUCCAUUGGCACCAGGUGCAAGUAUAGAAGUUAGUGUCACUUUAUCAACUGCUGGUCCUAUACAACGCAUGGAGCCACUCAAUAAUCUUCAAGUUGCCAUAAAAAAUAAUAUCGAUGUAUUUUAUUUUGCUUGUCUUGUUCCUAUGAAUGUUUAUUUCACCGAAGAUGGUCAACUUGAUAAGAGAGUAUUCCUGUCGACGUGGAAAGAUAUUCCCGCACAAAAUGAGAUUCAAGAUACUUUGACCGGUGUAAUGCUGUCUGCGGAUCAAGUUGUGCAAAAAAUGCAACAAAGUAAUGUUUUCACGAUUGCGAAAAGAAACGUCGAAGGUCAAGAUAUGCUCUAUCAAUCACUCAAAUUAACGAAUAAUGUUUGGGUUUUAAAUGAGUUGAAAAUUCAACCUGGAAAUCCAGAUGUCACACUAUCACUUAAAACACGAUCUGUUGAAGUUGGUGCAGGCGUAUUCCAGGCAUAUAAUGCAAUCUUACACUCUUAAAUUACAAAAGCAUUCCGCGAGUUGUCAUUAAUAUUUUCAACUUGUAUAAAUUUAAGAAAAAAAAUUUAUGAAACAUUAUAUAGUAUUGGUGCUUGUACCAAUAUAGAAUCUCUCUCUUUUCUUAUUCAGAGAUAAACAAACCACGAAUAAAGGUGAGACUCAUUUGUUGAAAAAUUUUUACUAAUUUUUAGAAGGUUCAAAUAUUCAAUCAUAUACACGUAAAAAAAUAAAGAAUUAAACCGCGUUGGAUUACUAUUGAUUAUCAAUUUUAAGACCUGUGGACAGUGAAAAUGUGUACAAAUGGAAAUAAUUUAAUUAUUACAGAAAAAAUUGUAUCCACACGAUUUGUUGCUUUUUAGAAAUAAAAAUGUUUCUUUUUAUUAAAAAACAAAAAAAAUCA